CAAUGAAAUUCCUGUCCUCGCGCAGAACUUGAUCUCGGCAGUGGAAGAUGACCAUCCACGCGGAGGGGCUAGUGGCGAUUGUUAUCUUCUACUUGUUAAUUCUCGUCGUGGGAAUAUGGGCCGCGUGGAAAAACAAAAAUUCCGGGGUCUCGGAAGGCACAGACCGGAGCGAGACCAUCAUGGUUGGAGGAAGGGACAUCGGUUUAUUUGUUGGCGGCUUUACAAUGACCGCCACUUGGGUCGGAGGGGGUUACAUCAACGGGACGGCGGAGUAUGUAUACUUGCCUGAUUUUGGAUUGGCCUGGGCACAAGCACCCUUUGGAUACGCCCUGAGUUUGGUUGUAGGUGGCCUGUUCUUCGCCAAACCUAUGCGCUCCCGAGGAUACGUCACCAUGCUCGACCCGUUCCAGCAGAUUUAUGGAAAGCGCAUGGGCGGCCUGCUCUUCAUUCCCGCUCUAAUGGGAGAGAUCUUCUGGUCCGCUGCCAUUUUAUCCGCAUUGGGGGCAACUCUAAGUGUGAUCGUGGACAUUGACAUCAACAUGUCAGUGGUGAUCUCAGCUUUGAUUGCCAUCUUCUACACCCUGGUUGGAGGGCUGUAUUCUGUGGCUUACACUGACGUGGUGCAACUGUUUUGUAUCUUCCUGGGUCUGUGGAUCAGUGUGCCUUUUGCCCUGUCCAACCCUGCUGUGUCGGACAUAGGUGUCACAGCCAAAGAGAUCAUCUACCAGUCCCCCUGGUUGGGCAAGAUAGAGCCAGCUGACACCUGGCUGUGGAUCGACAACUUCUGUCUUCUGAUGUUAGGGGGGAUUCCCUGGCAGGUGUAUUUUCAACGGGUUCUUUCUGCCUCUUCAGCUACCUAUGCCCAGGUGCUCUCCUUUCUGGCUGCUUUUGGCUGCCUUGUCAUGGCUGUGCCCUCUGUCCUCAUAGGAGCUAUAGGGGCUUCCACAGACUGGAACCAGACAACGUAUGGGGCCAUUCCUCCUAAAGACAAGGACCAAUCAGACAUGAUCCUUCCCAUAGUGCUUCAGCACCUGUGCCCAUCCUACAUCUCCUUUUUUGGUCUUGGCGCUGUUUCAGCUGCUGUGAUGUCAUCAGCUGACUCAUCCAUUCUCUCGGCCAGUUCCAUGUUUGCACGCAACAUCUAUCAACUGGCCUUCAGACAGUCGGCCACCGACCGUGAGAUCGUGUGGGUGAUGCGCAUCACCAUCUUUGUGUUUGGCGCUCUGGCCACAGCCAUGGCCCUGCUGACGGGGACGGUGUACGGCCUGUGGUACCUCAGCUCCGACCUGGUCUACGUCAUCAUCUUCCCCCAGCUGCUCAGCGUGCUCUUCGUCAAGGGCACCAACACCUACGGCUCAGUCGCGGCCUACGUGUUCGGCCUGCUGCUGCGCAUCGGAGGGGGAGAACCCUACCUGAAACUGCCCCCCUUCAUCUACUACCCCGGCUGGGUGAGGCAAUCGAAGAUCCAUCACACGACAGGGGAGGUGGAGCACUUCAUCCAGCAGAGGUUCCCCUUCAAGACGAUCUCUAUGCUGGCUUCCUUCCUGGGGAACGUGGGCGUCUCCUACCUGGCCAAGUACCUGUUUGAGAGCGGGAGGCUGUCGCACAAGUACGACUUCCUGGACGCGGUGGUGUCUAAGCACAGCAAGGAGAACAUGGACAAGACGACGCUGGUGGGCAACGACAACAUCAAUUUGUCAGAGAUGGCGCCUGUCAAACCCCUCAGCACGGCACUGGCUGUGUCCUUCACCAACACAGAGGCGUUGAGUGACGACGCGUCCAGCCCAGAGUCCAACCACGAGCACGAGUAGAGCCAGACCAGAACCGGACCCAGAUCUGGACCCUGAACCUGACUUUAGGAACCAGACCCCAGAAGAUUAAUACCGGGUCUUUAUCCAGCGAAUCAUUCUCUGUACGUGUUGUUAUCAUGUCACAAACUCUCACUCUGUCUCUAUUUGAAACCUAAACGCCCCCCCCCCCCACACAUAUUAGUUUUCUUCCGGUGCUGCUACAGAAAAUAAAGAUACGUACAGUAACAGGACAGAGUUGUCCUCCCAUCUGUCUUUCACCGUGGAGCGCUCUCAAAGAAACUGCCGUGAUUGAGAAGAGAAUAGUGCAAUAUCUCACCAUGGAGUUACGCGGUACAGUUCACACACCCAUGUCUGUGUUUUUGGGUGUGUGUGAUCAAGUUACAUCUAGUGGGUAUGUAUGAAACCUGCUUCCAUUUUAACCUCAUUUGCUUAGAACCCAUUUAUAAUAGAGCAAUAAUGUUUUUAGCGUGUGUGUUGUACAUAGAUAUGUAGAAUGAUUCCAAUGUUUUUUUAAUGAUUGAAUUUCAUUGGAAGAUCAACAGAUCUUCCGGUUGAUGUUUUAGUUGCGUACCUCUUAAUCCACUUACACACAGACACUAGACACAAGUCAGUACAUACACAUUACUCACAGUACUGAACACAAACUUGAUCUAAACAGGGUUGAGAAGCCAAAUCUUAAGUUAGUCCUCUCUGACCAUGUGCCAAAACCCCUUUCAGAGACCUAGACAACCGAACAAUCAUCUUAGAGGUAAACCUUAUUGUAGUAUGGUUCCACACAAUUUGGGUGCAGUCUAACUAAAGUGGGUGCUUUAUUGUAGUUCCACUAAAACAGCUUUGGGUGACCUGUAGAAAUGAGUUUAGAAUCCAGUGCAACCUGCCAGUCAAAGUGAUUGGCGUCAUAUUCAUUUCUGGUGGAAUUGUUCAUCAUAGCUGUGGUGAAAUUCUUGUCAAUGACAAUUUGCCUCCGCUCUCCCCUGAACCUUUAUUGAGAGCAGAGGUGAUGAAAAGUGGCUAUGUAGCUAAGUUACCUGCAGCUAUCAUAUCUAUGUAGAUAGCCAGUAACGCUGGCCCAGUGGAGUUUAGGAUCUUAGGCAGGAGCAGUGCAGCAGGUGUCGAUGUGUGUACUGUAUCAGUGAUGGGAAAUAUAACUGGUCCUUCAGAGUAAGGUACUUAUCCAUAAAAGUACAAACACUGCUUAUUAUCUUAAGUUAGAUGGCAUACCUAGCUGGUGGAAGGCAUAACUCUUGGUCAAGAACAGAUCGCUCUUUAGGGAUUACAUCAUGAGUCAGAAUACCUUAGGGUUUAGUGUAGAGUUGACACACAGCAGUUCAGACAAGAUCGAUGGCAGGCAAUGAUGUAGACUUACAGUUGGUGAUGAUUUUAACUCUUUGGACAUUGUGAAGUGUUUCUGUUCUCUGGUUGCACUAUUCUGUGUCCCUCCUUUCAAAGUAUCGUGGAUAAAGUUUGAUGGUGUCCGUCCGUACAGUACGUGAUCUGUUUUGUUCUGUUUGAAUUGCCUUAAUUUUCUCGUGUUGGAGAGCUGGUCUGAUGCUAUGCAAGGUGUCAGUUGUGUUUCAAUCGCAUUAGACAUGAAUGUAAAUGUAAACUCACUAUGAGAUAGACCUCGUCCCAGACGGCUGUGCAGUGUCUGUGCAAUGUUCUAUCAAAAAAAAUAUAUACUGUUUAAAGUAAUACAAAUAUUUUAAAAAAGACACCUCCACGUCAGUUGAUCAGCUGGCCUAUAUUUGUGGUUCAAUGUUAUAAAUGGCAAUAUUUUUGUGUAAUAUGUGUAUAACAACUCAUGAACAAAGUAAAUAGACCUUUCAAUGCGCCUUUAGAAAUGAUUUAACUGUUUGAUGAGGUGAAAUUACAGCUAUAUAAGAAUUUAUUUAUUUAUGCAGUGUCUAUAAGAAUAUGGUGAUGACUAUGUGAGAUGAAUUAAAUAAAUUAUAUGAUUUAGCACAUUGA